AUGGAUCUUGCUUGGGCACGUUGCCGGAACCCAUUGCCCAGCCCAGAGUCCCAGACAUUUGUCUUUCCGACAACGGCAAUGGCGCAUUGGGAGCUUUGGACACCAGCUCCAACUCUAUUUCCGGGACAUGGCCACGGCUUCCUCUCGCCGGCCCAAUCUCGACACCUCUGUUGGCAUUAUCAGAGCUCGCAGUGCCACUCGCUGUCUUGCGCUCAGUCAGUGCCCUCAGGUCACGCUACGUUGGACGUUAUGCGAUGGCUACACGAGAGAUCACCAAGAGAUCAAUGUUGGGCAAGGCCCGCAAACACAACCGACUCUGACGAACUCCCAUCGGGGGCUCCGAACUCCCGACGGGUGUUGGACUUGAUAAUCGCGAGUCUAGUAGUCAAGUCUGCGCAACGCAAUUCUCAUCCUGGAGGCUUGCAGCCGGGUUGUCAGGGGGCCGUGGCCAUCGUCGUCCUUCUGGAAGCCCAGGCUGACCCUCCUUGCAAGUUGCCCCUGGUCCGUUGUGGGUGGUUAGUGGGGGAUGCGACAGUCCACGUCACGAAUCAUCAAGUGUCCAUCCGCCGUGGAGCAUGGCUACCCGACCUUCGUCCUUUUUGUUGGGGGAACGCUAAGCCCAAUUCUGUCAAUCUUCUCUUCAUCGUAUCGAAGUUUUUUUUUCUUCCCUUUCUUUGA